AUGUCUUCCAAAAGGAAAUCCACCUCAUUAGGAUUGGAGAGGCGAGUACGCGCGCGAAGAGAGGAAGAAUGGGAUCCAGAAUUGAGUGCCAGCGAAGAAGAUUUAGGAGAAGAGGUGUCAGAAGAGGGAGAUGACAGUGGUGAUGAAGAUGGAGGCUCGGAUGAACAAGAGUCUGGCUCAGAGUCCGAAGAACCUGAAGAGGAAGAAUCAAAGGUCGACUUCUCGUCCAUAUCUUUCGGCGCAUUAUCUCGCGCGGCAGCCAGCCUACCUUCGAAGAAAAAGAAAAACAAGGCCGAUGGCGAGUCAGACGACGCUCCAACAAACGCUAAAUCAAAAGAGCCGUUAAGACGAGAACAGAAGAAACCGUCAUCAAGACGAGAGGAUGCAUCGAAGCGAAGCUCCAAGCAUGCGCCGCAGGAAAUGAGCUCCAAGAAGCCCGUCAGCAGGCGUCGCGAAAUCCUCACCGAUCCGCGCCGAAAGGCCCGCGAUCCGCGGUUCGAAGCCCUGACGGGCAGACUAGACGAGGCAAAGGUUGCCAAAAACUACGCUUUCCUAGAAGAGUACCGCGAGAGCGAGAUGGCAGACCUGCGGGCGCAGAUCAAGAAGACCAAGGACGUCACGGCAAAGGAAGACUUGAAGCGACAGCUGCUGUCUAUGGAGUCCAAGAAGAAGGCCCGCCAGAAGAAGGAGGACGAGGUUAAGCUGCUUCAGGAGCACCGGAAGAAGGAGAAGGAACUUGUUGCGCAGGGCAAGCAGCCUUUUUAUCUGCGCAAGAGCGAGCAGAAGAAGCAGCUGCUUAUGAAUAGAUAUGCCGACAUGAAUAAGGGUCAGGUCGAUAAGGCUAUUGAGCGGAAGAGAAAGAAGGUGUCGUCCAAGGAGAAGAAGGAACUG